AUGACUGUGACCUUCCAUGUUAAUAUUGUCAGUGCUGCAAAUGUUACUGCCCAAGUGAAUUCUAUCCCAAUGCUGAAUGAGACAAAUUUUAAGGUCUGGAAGGACGCCUUAGAAAUUGUUCUUGGCUGUAUGGAUUUGGACUUGGCAUUGAGGAUGGAACGACCCAUUUCCACUUCGGAAACCUCUAAUGAGGUAAAAAUUGAGAAGUGGGAUCAGUCCAACCGAAUGUGCCUUAUGAUCAUGAAGCGCUCUAUUCCAGAAGCGUUUUGGGGCUCUAUUUCUGAGGGUCAAAGUGCAAAGAAAUUCCUUAAGGAAAUUGAGCAAUACUUUGCCAAAAAUGAAAAAAACGGAGACGAGUAA